AUGGCCACGUCUUUGGUUCGUCUAAGUCAGAGCAUCGACCCGAUUGCUCAUUGGGCUUCUGACCGGGGCACACUCCUCGUCGUGGUGAUCGAAGACUACAUCGGGCAUGAGGACGAAGUCGCCGACCUCCUUGCACAGUUUCACAGCCUCAAGGUUAACGCCAUCUUCGUACCGCCUCUCGCCAGUAACCAUUCCAUGUCGCAAUCACAUUUUGCAGUUCUGAGCAAGAUGCUCGCCGAAAGCGGGCUAGAGACAAAGUGGUUUGCUCUGCUUGACGACGACACCUUCUUUCCGCACCUGGAGCCUUUAUCUACUGCACUCAGCUCUCUUGAUUACGAAAACAAAGACCUUUAUGUUGGCGGGCUGACGGAGGACUGGGGAUCCCUCACGCGAUUCGGUCUUAUGGCUUAUGGCGGUGCUGGCGUAUAUCUCUCUGCACAUCUGGCCAGGAAGAUCGGGAACCUGGACCAGCUCCUCCAGUGCAUCGAGGAGUCCCCGCCUUAG